AUGAGCACAUUGAUAUUUGGUAAACACUUGGCACUUUACAAAAUUGUACCUGCCAACGUAAUCGGAUGGUUAACGCCUUUGGGGAACCCUCCACUUCUGGCUCCUAGCCAAAAACCACUAGGAUCUAUUCAUGAAUGGUUGAGAAAAAAGCUACUAGGAGAUGGUAAAGGUGCUGAGGACAAGGAUUUCUUCUCCAAUAAUGGUAUAUUGUUGGCAGUUCCUAAGAAAAAAGUAUCGCACCAAAAGAAAAGACAAAAGCUUUAUGGCCCAGGUAAGAAGCAAUUGAAGAUGAUUCAUCACCUAAACAAGUGUCCAUCGUGUGGCCAUUAUAAGAGAGCUAAUACUCUGUGCAUGUACUGUGUAGGGCAGAUACGUCAUAUAUGGAAAACACACACCGCUAAGGAAGAAAUAAAACCAAGACAAGAGGAGGACCUUUCAGAAUUAGAUCAAAGGGUCUUAUACCCUGGUAAAAAGGAAACCAAAUAUGCCAAGGAUUUGAAAGAUAAGGAUAAAUACCUGGAACGCCGUGUUCGAACGUUAAAGAAGGAAUAG